AUCCAUGCAAAUUCAGCAAAGUCCCAUCUUCAAUGUGUUUGCUUUUCAGGGAGUAGGGAAAUAAUAGGGGGAUAGGGGGUCAUGCGUUAUUUUCAGGGAUUACAUCAUUAGAUAAAUUUUAUAGCAUGAAGGGCAUCGGGUCAACUAAAUUCGACAUUGCAUACUAAUUUCAAGGAACAUCUGUAGGAAUACUUUACUCCAACGGCUUCAUUAAAAAACUGAAAAUGAGUCAACCAAUUAAACUACCCCCUGACGAACGUAUUUGGCCAUUAAAACCAGAGGUUUUGCUCGCCAGAGGAAAAGGGGAGCUGCAAGCCAAGGAAGAAAAGGCCGUUCGUGGUGCUGUAAAAGAAGCUGUGGCCACUUACAAAAAUGAAAUUGUGUCGCUCGUGGAGAACAAUAUGGAGGACAGGAAGCGCGCUGCCAAAAUGCUGGUCAAGUCGGCGGAGGAAGCCGAAGAAAUUCUAGUUAGGGAGUGCACUUAUGACAAAAAUAAGCGACUGAAGUAUCGUGGAAAAUGUGCAAUAGAAACAUCUGAGAACAUCGACCAAGAAAUUGCUAAGCUGAACAACGUUCUUAACGACAUCUCAAACAAGCGGAAACAACGAACAAAAACACUUCUGGAUCAACAACUGAGUCUGGCGACUCUGUCGGCCCGCAGAAGACGCUGGCGACGAUGCAGGUGGCGGAGGAGUACGGCGUCAACACCUUCCCGGAGGAGGAGCAGCAGUGCCGCCAGCUGGAGUGCAACCUCGAGAAGCUGGACCAGAAGCUGUCCGCGGCCGACAGGUGCCGACACAAGUACCGGCAGUUCAUCAACACCCUGCAGGCGGAAAGAAAACUGAAUGGACCGCGCCUAGAAAACCUCAAGAAAUGCAUAAAACAGGAUAUCUAUGAUUUGGAAGUGUGUCACGACAUCAUGAUGAAGGGACACAUUUUAUCACAAGACGCCUCCGGCAGCCUGGAGGAAGCAACUGAGACCUACACCAAUGAGAAGAAAGAUCGUGAUCAUGACCUGAAAAGUCUGAGAAAAGAAGUGCUCAAGAAGGCAGACCAGGCAAAAGGCAAAAAGGCGACUUUGACAGAAGUGAAUCUGGACAAGGUUCUGAAGGGCCAACAGAACAUGUUCGCCCAGCUGCAGGAGCGGCGCAAAACCAUUGCAGAGCUGGAGAACUGGUCGUUCAACUUUGAGGCCCUGCGAGAGGUCACCCGUGGCACCAAUAUGGCCGGCGUGGUCGCCAAGUUUGAGGGCCUGGUGGAGCGUCACACCUACCUGAGUAACGAACGAGAGCGGAUCGAGACGCAGCGCCAGGCGCAGUUGCAGGCGCUGCAGGACCAGCAGGCGGUACUCUCCUCCGUGGGACACACGGGAGCUACCGAGCGGGAGGCACUGGACGGUCGUCUGGCCGAGCUGCAGAACCAGCUGCACUCGCAGCAGGCGCGCCGUGACGCCGCCGAGGAGCAGCUGCACGUCCUGGGCAGCUCUCUGAGCGGCACACGCGCCACACUGCGGCAGAUGCUGCGCGCUCUCAAAUUCGUCUCACGGCCGCAGGGGUGGAGUCGACGAACAGACCAGAAUGAAAUGGCCGGUGACCUGGAGCUGCUGCGUCUGAAGCUGAUCAGCCUGCAGCAGCGGUUCGUGGCCUUGGGUGCCCCUCUACGGCCCGACUCUCAGCUGUCAGUGCGCUCAGAGGCCCUGGACGCGCCCAAGACGCAGUACAGAGUGGGCCGGCAGGCACGGGAUUCGCUCAUCUCCGCAGAAAUGGGAAAAGUCGACGACAUGGAGCCAGUGAGGAUGGAAAUGAAAAACAUGUCCGAAGAGUUUGUCAAGAAGAUGACCAGCAGAGGACGUCGACCUCCAUAACGUGGCUAGAACAUGAGUGCGAUUCGGGAUGAGCAGUGAAGUUUUGUUUGAUAUACCUACGUCCUUUGGUUGUUCAUUAUACAAAAUCAAAUUUUGA